AAAAAUCCCAGGAAAAUAAAAACAAAGGAAACAAAACCGAAGAUUCACAACUGAAGACAAGUGAGCCAAACUCCACUUCUGCAAAUAUGAGAGAUUCUGCGGAAGGUCCUAAAGACGAGGACGAGAAGCCUGCAGCGGCUGCUGCUGAGCAGACAGCAGCCCCGCAGGAGGCGGCGGGCCAGGAUGUGCGUCCAGAACUGGUGAUGCCUACCCACCCCUGUGAGCCUCCAGCGGAACCAGAUGAGAAGCGUGAAGCCACAAACUGUGAGACCCAUGAUUUGGAGGAAGAAGAGGAGGACGAGGAGGAGGACGACGACGAGGAGGAGUUGGAAGAAGAGGGGGAAGAUGAAGCUGACACGCCAAACGACAGCUCUGUGAAAGAGCCAGAGAUACGGUGUGAUGAGAAACUAGAAGACUUAUUAGAAGAACCAAAAAAUGUGCCAGAGGAAGCCCUUGAAGACUCUGUAGACACAGCACCUGUUGUGACAACUCCCACAACAAAAGAAGAGGCCAAUGGCGACGUCUGUGAGACACUCAUGUUUCCGUGCCAGCACUGUGAGCGCAAGUUCACCACCAAGCAGGGGCUGGAGCGCCACGUGCACAUCCACAUGCCCACCGUCAACCACGCCUUCAAGUGCAAGUACUGCGGGAAGGCCUUUGGCACGCAGAUCAACCGACGCAGGCACGAGCGGCGGCACGAGGCGGGGCUGAAGCGCAAGCCCAGCCUGGCCCUGCCGUCCCCGGAGGACCCGGCGGACGGCCCCGUGUCUGGGGACAGCACCGCCCCCAAGGCCGACUCCAGCCCUCCCAGUCUUGGGCAAGACUGCCUGGUCUUGAAUUCAGAGAAAGCUUCCCAAGAAGCAGUCAAUUCUGUUGUGGAAGAGAACGGAGAAGUGAAAGAGCUCCAUCCGUGCAAGUACUGUAAAAAGGUGUUCGGGACUCACACGAACAUGAGGCGGCACCAGCGUCGUGUUCACGAGCGCCACCUGAUCCCCAAAGGCGUGCGGCGAAAAGGAGGCCUGGAAGAGCCGCAGCCCCCCGCAGAGCAGGCCCAGCCCGCGCAGAACGCCUACGUGCCCAGCACAGAGCCGGAGGAGGAGGGGGAGGCCGACGACGUGUACAUCAUGGAUAUUUCUAGCAAUAUCUCCGAAAACUUGAAUUACUACAUCGACGGUAAAAUCCAGCCCAGCAGCAGCACCAGUAACUGCGAUGUCAUUGAGAUGGAGGCCAGCUCCGCGGACCUGUACGGCAUCAACUGCCUGCUUGCUCCGGUGACGGUGGCGAUAACGCAGAAUCUAAAGGCCCCUCAGGUCCCUACAGCAGACGACCCUCCAAAAGAACCUUCCAGCAGCACAAACCCUGAGUCCAAGAAACGGAGAACUGCCAGUCCUCCUGCGUUACCCCAAAUCAAAGCUGAGGCAGAGUCAGAUCCGGCAGGGGCGCCCUCGUGCUCCUUGAGCCUGCCCCUGAGCAUCUCCGCCUUGGAGGUGGUGUCUGUGCACAAGGAGAAAAGUGUGCAUUUGUCAUCGAAGCUCAAGCAACUUCUGCAGACGCAGGACAAGCUGACUCCUCCCGCGGGGAUCUCGGCGACAGAGGUACCCAAGUUGGGCCCCGUGUGUGUGUCCGCACCCGCCUCCAUGCUGCCUGUCACUUCCAGCAGGUUCAAGCGGCGGACCAGCUCUCCCCCCAGCUCUCCCCAGCACAGCCCUGCCCUUCGAGACUUUGGGAAGCAAAGCGAUGGAAAAGCAGUGUGGACUGACGCAGCGCUGAACUCCAAAAAACCCAAGUUAGAAAGUCAUAGCAGCUCACCAGUGUGGAGUUUGUCUGGGAGAGAAGACUCGAGAGAAACUGUGAGUCCGCCCUGCUUCGAUGACUUUAAAGUCUCCAAAGAGUGGGCAGGCGGGCCUACUUUUAGCAAUGUGUGCAACCAGCAGCCUCUGGAUUUAUCCAGCGGGGUGAAGCAGAAGGCUGAGGGCACAGGCAAGACGCCGGCCCAGUGGGAAUCCGCGCUGGAUCUCAGUGUGCACAGAAAGCCUGGUGGUGACUCUGAAGGUAAAGAGGUCAAAGAAAAUCAUCUGAUGCAGCCAGCCUGCAGUGCCGUCAAGAAAAAGAAGCCGACCACCUGCAUGCUGCAGAAGGUUCUUCUCAAUGAAUACAACGGCAUCGAUUUACCUGCAGAAAACUCUCCAGAUGUGCCCCGGAGCCCGAGUCCUUGUAAAUCCCCAGGUCCCCAGCCGGAUCCUGAGCGUGGGCCCGACUCUGGCUUACCUGCCGCAGCAGUCGAGUCCCCACCUGAUGCUUCGCCUUCCUCCCCCACGCUCCAGACGCCUUCCCUCCCUUCUGGGCAGCUGCCUCCUCUCUUGACCCCCACAAAUCCCUCCUCGCCCCCGCCCUGCCCUCCUGUGUUAACUGUUGCCACGCCCCCUCCUCCUCUCCUUCCUACUGUACCUCCCCCUGCCCCCAGUUCCAGUGCGUCUCCUCGCCCGUGCCCCUCUCCUCUCUCAAAUGCCGCCGCACCGUCCCCACUGCCGAUCCUGUCCCCCACAGUGUCCCCCUCCCCGUCGCCCAUUCCUUCUGUGGAGCCCCUCGCCUCUGCUGGUUCCCCCGGGCCACCCACGCUUUCCUCUUCCUCUUCCUCCUCCUCCUCCUUCUCGCCUUCCUCCUCCUCCUCCUCCCCUUCACCCCCUCCUCUCUCAGCAGUGUCCUCUGUGGUUUCGUCGGGGGAUAAUCUGGAAGCUUCUCUCCCCGUGAUAGCUUUCAAGCAGGAGGAUUUAGAGAGCGAAGAUCUGAAGCCCCGGGAAGAAGGCCAGGCUGUCAUCGAGCAGGACCUCGGUCAGGAGACGUUCAACAAGAACUUUGUCUGCAAUGUCUGUGAAUCACCUUUUCUUUCCAUUAAAGAUCUAACCAAACAUUUAUCUGUUCAUGCAGAAGAAUGGCCCUUCAAAUGUGAAUUUUGUGUGCAGCUUUUUAAGGCUAAGACUGCUUUAUCCGAACAUCGCUUUUUACUUCAUGGCGUUGGGAAUAUCUUUGUGUGUUCAGUUUGUAAAAAAGAAUUUGCUUUUCUGUGCAAUUUGCAGCAGCACCAGCGCGAUCUGCACCCAGACAAAGUGUGCACACAUCAUGAGUUUGAAAGCGGCACCUUGCGGCCCCAGAACUUCACCGACCCCAGCAAGGCGCACGCAGAGCAUGCGCAGAGCCUGCCCGGGGAGCCUCUGGAAACCUCCAAGGAAGAAGAGGAGCUCAACGACUCCUCCGAAGAGCUCUACACCACCAUAAAAAUCAUGGCCUCCGGAGUGAAGACAAAGGAUCCCGAUGUUCGGCUGGGCCUCAACCAGCAUUACCCGAGCUUUAAACCACCUCCCUUUCAGUACCACCACCGAAACCCCAUGGGCAUCGGCGUGACGGCCACAAACUUCACCACCCACAACAUCCCACAGACCUUCACCACUGCCAUUCGCUGCACCAAGUGUGGGAAAGGCGUGGACAACAUGCCGGAGCUGCACAAGCACAUCCUGGCCUGCGCGUCCGCCAGCGACAAGAAGCGGUACACCCCCAAGAAGAACCCGGUGCCGCUGAAGCAGACGGUGCAGCCCCGAAACGGGGUGGUGGUCCUGGAGACCGCCGGGAAAAACGCCUUCCGACGCAUGGGGCAGCCCAAACGACUGAACUUCAGCGUGGAGCUCAGCAAGAUGUCGUCGAACAAGCUCAAGCUUAAUGCGCUGAAAAAAAAAAAUCAGCUUGUCCAGAAGGCGAUCCUUCAGAAAAACAAGGCUGCCAGGCAGAAGGCCGACUUCAGGGCGGCGGCCGCGGCCUCGCACGUCUGCCCCUACUGCAGCAGAGAGUUCACCUACAUCGGCAGCCUGAACAAGCACGCUGCCUUCAGCUGCCCCAAGAAGCCCCUUUCUCCUUCCAAAAAAAAGGGGUCUCAUUCAUCCAAGAAGGGUGGACAUGCCUCCCCUGCGAGUGCUGACAGAAACGGCAGCGGCGGCAGCAGCAGCAGCAGCCGCCGCCGGACCGCGGACGCGGAGAUCAAAAUGCAGAGCACACAGGCGCCGCUGGGCAAGACUCGGGCCCGCAGCUCCGGGCCUGCGCCCGCCCCGCUGCCCACCUCGGCCUUCAGGUCCAAGCAGAAUGUUAAAUUUGCCGCUUCGGUAAAGGCCAAAAAGCCAAGCUCCUCCUUAAGGAACUCGAGCCCAAUCAGAAUGGCCAAAAUAACGCACGUCGAGGGGAAGAAGCCCAAAGCUGUGGCCAAGAACCACUCUGCUCAGCUCUCGAACAAGACGUCCCGGAGCCUGCACGUGAGGGUGCAGAAGAGCAAGGCUGUCUUACAGAGCAAGUCUGCCUUGGCCAGCAAGAAAAGAACAGACCGGUUCAAUGUAAAAUCUAGAGAGCGGAGCGGGGGGCCCAUCACCCGCAGCCUGCAGCUGGCCGCUGCUGCCGACCCGGGCGAGAGCAGGCGGGAGGACGGCGGUGGCAGGCAGGAGCUGAAGGACUUCAGGAACUUCCUGUAGAAAAGCCCCCAAACAAAACAACCCUUAAUUGACUAAACACAGGUCUUGCAUGCUCGGCUUAGGAUAAGCACUACGGCCAAGGACUCGCGUCUGCCACGCUUGCAGGACCGGUCGAAGCUGACUCAGAGCCCUAACCCAGCCGCUUGCCGGUGAGGGCCGGGGCCGGGCUCCCAGGACCCAGCUCCGCAGAGGAGGGCGCUGGCUGGUCGUCACGGCGCCGGCGACUCAGACCCGAGUGUGGCCUUUGUUUUUGGCGCUGGCAGAGAGAGGAAUGAUCGGAACUUAACCUUGCAAAGCAAGUUCUGUUUUAUCCGUAGCUUGUUGUAGAUUUCAGGGAUGACAAAUUUUGAUGCACUCAUUUUAAAAUGUUUGGGUCACACACCAGCUCUUGAUGCCUUUCUUUUAAAUGAAUUGUAGACAGAGAGAGGCGUGUAGCUCCUCUCGCCGCCCGUUUUGUUUUUAUCACAAGCAGAUGGCCGGCAUAAUGGAGCGGAAGCCAUUAUGCGUGUGACGCCGCCUCCAGGGCCAUGUUACCAGUGUCCGAGCGGACGCCGUCCUCCGGGUCAUGGUCUGGCACUGACGCGUGACCCCCUGACACUGAGGCCGUAGCAGUCGCCAGUGCCCCGACACCACAGGCCUGGGAGACGUGUGUCCCCGCGUAAGUAUAGGCGGGUUCCGUGCCAGCUCGCACAGCAGCCCCCCCAGAGAGCCGCAGACUGACUUCUCGAGCGGAGAGGCGGCAUGGGGCGGCAUCGCUCCGCGCAUUCUGUGCCUCCCCCAGUCAGUGGCUGAGUUGGUGGAAAACAGCUAGGCUUAUUCAUGUUUUUUUGUUUUUUGUUUCUUUCUUUCUUUUUUUUUUUUUCUGUUGUUGUUGUUGUUCUCAACUUUAAAAGUAAUCUACCUCUUACAAUGUGUAGCUGAAUACUUGUUUGGUGAAUUUGUGCCACUUUAACCUUUCACUAUCAUUCCCAUUUUGUUACAUUUCUGUUAUGGGGACUUUAUGUUGGAAUAUUGUACAAAGCAUUUGUAGCAGUUUAAAAAUAAAAUAUUUAAAAUUAUUUAAAUUGUUUUGGACGCUUCAAUUGUAUUGUAUGUGAUUUACAUCUUACAUUUUGUUUGAGUUGUUAAUCUGGAGAGUGUUCUUGUAUUGAAGUUUGCUGUUAGUUAUUUUAUUGUUUCUUGUUGGAGAGUGAUAUAAAAGACUAUUCUAAUGAAAACAUUAAAAUUUACAAUUUGACAUACAAAAGGGGUUGUGCGUUGAUUUUAACCACCGUAGCCGUGAGAGAGGGCGAGAUGGGCUGUGGCUGCUGCCUGCUGCCUUGCCGGCCCCUGGAGCCUGAAGUAGUCCUUGGAGCUUGGCAGAUGUAUGCAGAACAUUUUUUGACGCUUUUAUUAGCAAGCACUUAAUAACUAGGAGAAAUUCAAAUGAUACAUUUUAUAUAAUUGUAACCAAUAAAAA